CUCGCCGUUUCUAUCUAACAACACAGUUAUCCCUUUUUAACUCGAUUGAAUCACUAUUCUAGCGGCCCGCCAACAUGGGUCCCCGUGCGGAGUUUGCUCAUCUGUGAUCAAUUGUUACAAAUUUAGUCGUUUUUUUGUACGUAAAGACGUGGUCUUUUAGAAAAUAGUACUCUCCUACAAAUUUAGUCGUUUUUUUUGUACGUAAAGACGUGGUCUUUUAGAAAAUAGCACUCUCCUUUGGAGUAAAAUAGUUUAAAAGUCAUUUCAUGGAAUACGGCCCAUCUACAUUUCGUUAUUCUAGUUAUUUGCACAAUGAGCAUAUACGUUUCCCACGUCAGAGGUUGAACUUUUACCUCAAGUCAAGUCAUGUGUAGUGACAGGUUAACCGGUUAGACAACAUCUUCAGACAAGGUGUGACAGGGGCAGGUCAGCACUGGAAGCUUGAAGAUCUCUAACUUUGUCACCAACUUUGUCUCACAGGUUAUCAUCCAACAUGGCGCCCACGCGUGGCGAAGCGGUUUUCGAAUGUUCUGUGAAAACGAUCUAUUCCAGCAAACAACGCGAUGACGUAAUCCUCCCAUCAGGUGGCCAGGCUAUUACAAUUAGGGACGGUGUCACACAGGUGCGUCUGUCAACAUAAACUAGCUGAUUCACCUGGCGCUGGCACGGGACGUGACGCAGGUGAGGACAAAGAGGACUACCAGGAAUUAGCGGUACGGUCACAGGAAAAACGGCCGUGUUUCCUGCUGCCCUCUGGGUUUUGAAGAGACACAGUAUAGAACAAGUUCUUAUUGAGAUCUGUGGAGGCAGCAGUUAGAGUCAAAGUCAAGGUUACUGUGGGCGCAGGAAUCCGACUUGGAGAAGUCCUGGGAUUGCUGGAAACAACAGCAGCAUGCAGAGGAGCCGUGUGACGUGCCGAGCUGCUGCAGUCAGUGUCCUCGGUCUCCUGUGGGUCGUCACGGCCGUCUUCGCCUGCCCGGAGACAUGUGAUUGUGUGCCUGGCGGGGAGGUUGACUGUAGUAGACGGGGGCUCACAGUCGUUCCCGCCAACAUACCACUGGGUACGACUGGUCUCAGCCUGUACUAUAAUAACAUACAGAACCUGUCUGAUGCGGAUUUCUCUCACCUCACCAGCCUGGAGAGGCUUCAUCUGUCCAACAACGACAUCCGGGUUCUCCCUGCAGGAGUGUUCUCACAUCUCACCCGUCUGAAGUGGCUUGAUCUGGACAACAACGACAUCCGGGUUCUCCCUGCAGGAGUGUUCUCACAUCUCACCAGCCUGGAGUGGCUUGCUCUGUACAACAACGACAUCCGCGUUCUCCCUGCCGGAGUGUUCUCACAUCUCACCAGUCUGGUUUGGCUGCGGCUAUCUGGUAAUCACAUAGCUGACCUCCCGGACGGAGUGUUCUCAAAUCUGACCAGUUUGGAAGGACUUAUCCUGAACAACAAUAACAUCUCGAGUGUGCCCACUGGAGUGUUCUCACAUCUCACCAGUCUGCAGGGCCUGGAUCUAACUGGUAAUCAUAUAGCUGACCUCCCGGAUGGAGUAUUCUCACAUCUCACUAGUCUGCAGGAGCUGAAGCUAUCUGGUAAUCAUAUAGCUGACCUCCCGGAUGGAGUAUUCUCACAUCUCACCAGUUUGGUACGGCUUUACCUGUACAACAAUAACAUCUCGAGUGUGCCCACUGGAGUGUUCUCACAUCUCACCAGUCUUCAGGAACUUUACAUAGCAGAAAACCCAUGGAGGUGUGACUGUAAUCUAUAUGGUCUACUGACUUUGGCACGUCAGGGCGCUUUAUUUAUUGCCGUUAACCCCACCUGCAGUUCCCCUCCCCACAUGAAAGGCGUCGCGCUGUCAUCUGUUACAGGAGACAAAGUUUGUCUCGGCCGCGGGGACUGCACCACGGGAAGUGUUGACGGCACUUGUGCUUGCAACGUGCGCUGGACUGGCCCAUUCUGUGGUACAGAUGAUAACUUGGCCCUUGGAAAGAAAGCAUCACAGAGUUCGAACCGAGCCUUCAAUGGAGUAUCAGCUGGAGCCGAAAAGGGUGUGGAUGGUUCCGUUACUGACUGCGCUGUAACAAACCCGGAACAACAGUCAUGGUGGCAGGUGGACCUGGCAGGUUACUACAGGGUCAGCCGGGUCAGAGUUAUAAACCGCUUCGAUGUGGACACAGCAACACCGACCAGUGCUCCUGGAUGUGGAGGUAUCCUGACGGCUCCCCCUGGAGGUACUGUGACGUCACCGAACUACCCCGGUCACUACGGCAACUUUGCGACUUGUGAGUGGACGAUCACCGUGCCAGAAGGAAGCAGGGUUCUUCUCACGUUUGACAGUUUCCAGCUUGAGGACGGUUUUGACUAUUUGACUAUCUACGAUGGAGGCAGUAGCAGUGCUCCACGACUGCAAAGGUUAACAGGUAACGCGAUACUAGACCCUAUCACCAGUACAUCUAACCAGUUGUUCGUGAGGUUUACAUCUGACACAAGUAACACGGCUCAGGGGUUCCAGUUCUCGUACACAGCCACAGGCACAUUAAUGGUAAGGGUUGGGCCAAACGAGGACUUCACCCAGAAUGGCCAAUGCGGACAGACUUACGCCGUUGGGUCAGCGUUAGAGUUCGAGACGGAGUUAGAGGCGGACUGCGACCCGUCGAUGUACGGCCGUUAUGUGUCGGUACAGGCAAUGCCACCAUUGGGCGUGAACACAACCGGUUUGGUACUGUGUGAGGUCGAGGUCUAUGUUACAGAUAUCUGCUGUAACCACGCCAUAAGAGUCAUGAAUGGACAGAUCACUGCUACAGACGGCUACUGCUCUGGGAACGACAUCCAAUUCUCUUGCGACCUUGGAUACGAGCUCGCGGGCAGACCCAGUGCCACCUGCCAAAACAACGGGAGUUGGGACGGGGAGAUUCCGACUUGCCAACCAAAUACAGAGCCUACAGAAGAGAGCCCCACGUCCACCCAAGCCAUCAUCGGCGGCACCAGUGCCGGUAUCGCCGCGGCGCUGAUUGUGGCAGCUGUCUGCUUCGUGGUCUUCCUGAGACGAAGGAGGAAAAAAAGACGAGAAGAAGAUCCACAAACGAUUGAGGUCGACUUUCUGUCAGAUCAUGUAGGAAUCCGCAGGAGGAGAAUGGAGGAGAUGGUCCCACUGGUUCCCCCCAGGACACAGUUCCCGAAGCUCGAGGUCGACCCCAGCCGGGUGACGCUUGGCCAGAGGAUCGGCAGCGGGGCGUUCGGCCUCGUUUACCGGGCAACCCUGACGCGGGACGACAGGACGGAGGACGUCGUCGUGAAAACUGUUAAAGAGAACGCCAGUGAGGACGAUAAGCUGGGUUUCCUGGAGGAAAUCCGCGCAGUUGUGGACCUGGGGGCUCAUGACAACCUGCUGGGUCUGAUCAACUGCUGCACGGUGGUGCGAGACCAUCUGUAUCUCAUCACGGAAUUCAUGCCGUACGGAGACCUGAAAAGUUUCUUGAGGAAGUGCCGUGAGGAAGAGAACUCUGACGGAUAUUUGGAACCUCGAGACGAUAUCUACAACUUCGAGGUGAUGCAGAUGUACCAGGUGUCCCGGCAGAUCGCUAGAGGCAUGGAUCACAUCGCCCAAUCUCGUUACGUCCACGGAGACCUGGCCGCUCGGAACGUCCUGGUUGGGGAACGCCUGAAGGUGAAGAUUUCCGACUUCGGGCUGGCAGAAGACAUCUACAGCCGAGGUUACCGUCGGCAGGAUCAGGACCAGAAGAGACCGUGGAAAUGGAUGGCGCCGGAGCGGCUGGACGGUGGGGAAGUCUACGACACACAGAGCGACGUGUGGUCCUUCGGGAUAGUGCUGUACGAGAUAUGUACGCUAGGGGGCGAUCCUUACCCUGGCGUGGCGGGUAAAGAUCUGAAAGAACAACUCCAGGCUGGAUACAGGAUGCGCCAACCUGAAGACUGUCCGGAUACCAUGUACGACCUGAUGCUACAUUGUUGGCAAUGGAAACCCACCGAGCGGCCGUCAUUCCAGUUGCUGGAAUACAAUAUAGACAAGAAUCUGGCCUUCUACGCACCCGAGUAUGCUACAACAGUCUAACAGCAUCCCUCCUUCUACGGACCCGAGAACGACAAACACUGUACAGGCAUCCCGCCUUCUACAGACCCGAGUACAACAGCCUAACACUGGACAGGAAUCCCGCCUUCUACGGACCGCGAUACCGACUAGAAGUAUUGAAGAGGUCGUACUGAAAGCCCGUUUUGUUUUAUAUCGUCUGUUCUGUACAUGCUAUGUCCACGUUUUCGCCAUCUUUCAAUAUGUUUUUGUACUGUAGCAGUUUUUUUUGCUUAAAAUUUAUGAAAGAGGAAAACUCAAGAAAAGACCAAUGCAUGAUUUGGGGUAUGUAUAUAGCUUAGGUAGAGAUACACACAUUAUUUGCAAGUUAAACCUUAAGUUGUAUAACUAAUGAAAGAAGUUUAUUAUUCCGUUGAUUUCUAAGGUGCGAUAUUUCCAAAAUCAGAAAGGGAAAUUUAUGCAAGAACUUAGUGGCAAAUCAUGGAAAUUUCAUACUAGUGACAUUUGUAAGUUAAUGAAGGGUGAAUAUAACUAUGCAAAGAUUAUCUAAAUGUAGAUAUCACUUUCGAAUAAGAAAAGUUCACAUUUGUGACAUUAGUAAUUAAGGAGAACAGUAUCAAUAUACAUAGAUUUUGCGAAUUAGCACUUAUUAGGAUAAUUAAAAUUACAAAAGCUUUGAAUAAUUACGGAGAUAUGGGAUCUUGGAACUACUGAUUUUUUGACAGUAUAUGUCCGUUUUGUCAUGACCUAUUUGCAUGUUCAUACAGAGAGAGUAUGUUUUUCUUCCUGGCGGUAGUAUGGAACCCCCUCCCAACCACGCGUCCGUACUCCGUGCAAUUUCGCGGUGUGAUACAAUUACGAUAUUGCGUUUUUGGCAGGACAAGAGAGACAAAAAGAUACACAAAAGAAGUGGCAAAGGUCAGCUGUACUAGCAACAUGUAACUGGAGAAAAUGAUGCUUUGAUCAUUUGUCAAAUUAGUAUCGCUUGUGAAAGCACAGUAAACGUGGCGGAAUUAUGGUAAUAGAUGUUACAUACUUAUGUAGUGUGUGCUUUUUGUUAUUAUGUAUUACACAGACUACAUACUUAUCGUGAUGUAUUACACGGACUACAUACUUAUCUGAUAUGUGUUCUUUUUGUUAUGAUGUAUUAUACGGACUACAUACUUA